UCGCUUCCUGAAUUUAGGUUACGAUUGUCUGUGAUAUAGUGCCAUGUAAAUCAGAUCCUCGAUCACAAAGCACGCUAUACAAAGAUAUUGGAGUGACUUUCGCUACCACUAAAAAGUGAAGACAACCAUUUGCUGAAGGCUUGCCUUGACACUAACUAUGGACUAUUUGAGUGCCUUGGAGGUGUACAAGGAGAUGCUGUUGCUCUACCUGGAGGAAGGCAGGCGGCUUGUGAACACCAACUGUGAGGCGUUGGAACCAUGGCAGAUCAUUGGAGCCACUCUCAUAUCUACCUUAGGAGCAGUCUGGGUCAAAGGCUUCCUGUUUCAGCAAGAAACCCUGACAUCCCGAAUCAAGAAGCAGUGCUUUCGACUCAUCAGAAAAAUACCCUUUGUUGGCGCGGCAAUCCAGACCCAGCUGAACAAGGCCCUGGAUGACAUGUCUGUCAGUCUUUGCACACUGAAGGAGGGCAUGAACUACACCAAACAGCUGCCUGAACAAGGGCUAACCCAAGCUGAAGUUCUAGACAGGAUCAGCGAGUACGAAACACUGAAUGAAGUGGAUUGGGAGAAUGGACGAGUGUCCGGUGCAGUGUACUGGGGAGAUCAGACACUUACCAAACUUUUGGUGAAGGUGUAUGGAGACUUUGCAUGGAGCAACCCACUUCACCCAGACAUCUUUCCUGGUGUGAGGAAGAUGGAGGCAGAGGUUGUAAGAAUGACGUGUACCCUCUUCAACGGUGGGCCCAACACUUGUGGCACAGUCACCUCUGGAGGAACUGAAAGCAUAUUGAUGGCAUGCAAGGCGUACAGAGACAUGGCCUAUGAGCGCGGUGUGAAACAUCCUGAAAUCAUAGCACCAGUCAGUGUCCAUGCCGCCUUUGACAAAGCAGCAAACUACUUUGGAAUGAAGCUUGUUCACAUCCCCCUGGACAAAAAUACAUUGAAAGUGGAUGUUAAGGCGAUGAGGAGAGCUAUCAGCAAGAACACAGCCAUGCUUGUAUGUUCCGCACCCCAGUUCCCGCAUGGAAUCAUUGAUCCUAUUGAGGAAGUAGGAAAGCUGGCUUUAAAGUACAACAUCCCUUUGCAUGUGGAUGCUUGUUUGGGAGGGUUUCUCAUCGUGUUCAUGGCCAAAGCCAAUUACCCACUGGCUCCCUUUGACUUCAGGGUAAAGGGUGUGACCAGUAUAUCUGCAGACACACACAAGUAUGGCUACGCCCCUAAAGGUUCAUCAGUGAUCCUGUAUAGUGACAAGAAGUACAGGCACUACCAGUACUUUGUGGCUCCAGACUGGCAAGGGGGCAUCUAUGCGUCCCCAUCAGUGGCAGGAUCUCGGCCAGGCGGUAUCAUCGCAGCGUGCUGGGCUACCAUGAUGCACAUGGGAGAGGAUGGCUACAUAAAGGCCACCAAGAAGAUAAUUGAUACUGCACGUACCAUCAAGACAGAAAUCCGUAAGAUAAAUGGGGUGUUUGUGUUUGGAGACCCUGAAGUGUCCGUGGUGGCAAUAGGCUCUGACGUCUUCGACAUUUUUCGUUUAUCCAACGCACUGACUUCAAAGGGUUGGAAUCUCAACAUGCUACAGUAUCCAUCCAGCAUCCAUAUCUGUUGUACUGUACUGCACACACAUGAAGGUGUGGCCAAACAGUUAAUCAGUGACAUCAAAGAGCAGGUGGCUGUCAUUUUGAAAAACCCCAAUGAGAAGACCACUGGAAUGGGAGCAAUCUAUGGCAUGGCCCAGUCCAUCCCUGACAGAUCCAUGGUGACCGAGAUCUCCCGAGGCUUCUUGGACUGCCUCUACAGCACAGAGGAGCCCAAGUCGUCUCAGCCUCAGAAGACCCAUAUGAAUGGCAACGGCAAGGCCCACUGAGUCAGGAGUAGGCUGGCUGUGGCCUGGACACACACCUGGGUCAUGUUCAUUAGGGAACAUAAUGGUAAGCGUUGUGAAACGUUUUGCAACGGAAAAUGAAAAGGAGCGUUUACUGGAUAAGCUCAAGUAGUCCCUCCAUGAUUCAGUCCAUUUUCUUCAGGUCGGUGACUAAUGAACACGGCCCUGGUUACCAGCCUGCCUCACCUCUGGUCCACCCGCUACAUCACUCAACAUUUGCCUUAUCCUGCCCACCUUUUAUCUACCUACUCACCUUUUUUCAGAUAUGUUCUGAAGCACAAGCCAUUGUUUUUAGCUAUCGUGAGGAGAAUUCUUCAAAUAUGUAGAAAGUGAAAGCACCUAUUGUACAAAAAUAUAUAGAAUAGUUGCUCAAACCAUUGAGGGGUUUUGGUCUGUUUGUAUUAAUUGUCCCCCACGAUGAAAUCAGGGAUGGGACUAUUGAUCUGUCUCCGUACAUUCAUACGUUAGUCACACGCGAUAUCUCAGACAGCACUGGCCCGAUUUUGACAAAACUUAUGUGAAUGAAGCAUCUGCCGUGAUAAAAAAAACACUCAAUGCUACUCUUCUGACACCAAAUGAGCGAUCUGCAUGAAACUUAACAUGUGGCAUCUAUGAACUAAGAUCUCUCAGCGGAAUAUUUUCCAGACUAGUACCUAAAACAACAUGCCCACUAUUGAGUCUAGCUAACCCUCGCAAUAUUUUGAUGGAACUUGGGGGAAUUAUCUGUCUUUUAGAAAAGUUUGUGGUCAUACGCACAUCCUUAACAACGUAGGGGCUGGGCUAAUAAAGAAUAUGUGUAAAGAACAGGAAAGCCUGCACACUGUUAAAGCUCCCAAUUCGCAGCUUUAUUCACAAUGUUUCGAUCCAAAACAGAUCUUCAUCCAGUCAAACAGACUGAGUGCUCACAUCCCAAAAUAUACACAUUUCACCUCACAUGACGCAUGGUGGGUGUGGAAUUAAUUCAAUUCACUUUUGCGCAUAGUCAAUCAUAUAAUUAAUCCCAGAGGUACUCAUGGUCAUAAAGGAUUAAAUGCAUACAAAUGAAAACAUGGGCAACAGUAAAACGAUUUGUAAACUGUUGUAAUACCCAACCAUAUGACCAUUACAUGCAGGUCGUGCAGUGGCUGUAGAUAUAAUUACAAUUACCUAUUUUUUUUAAAACUACUUGCCUACCUCCUAAUAAUUUGAUAUCAAUGAGAUGGGCACAUGUAGUAGUUACAGAAAAUCAAAUGAGAGCUACCUUUUGCAGCAAUUACAGCUGCAAGUCUCUUGGGGUGUCUAUUAGCUUGGCACAUCUAGCUACUGGGUUUUUUGCCCAUUCUGCAAGGCAUAACCCUUUUCAUUUCACUUCAACAAUUUUGACUUUUUGUAUAUGUCCAUUAUAUGUAAUUCAAAUAAAAAAAUCCACUUAAAUUACAGGUUGUAAUGCAACAAAAUGGGAAAAAUGUCAAGGGAGAUGAACACUUUUACAAGGCACUGUAUUGGCUGAUAGCUUACACCCUUAUGAGCCCCCCUAUCUCUGUGUAACAGGGAAUUCCUGUUCCGCCGGCUCCCUAUAGGUCUGUGCUAAAGCCAACUCCCUCUUUAUCAAAAUGUCUUGCCCUAGAGAUCUAGCAUUUACAGAAUUACUCAUUGGCCCAAGAGAGGCACUACAGUAAUCGACUGUAUGUACAUUAGUCACAUGCGAUAUCUCAGACAACUGCACUGCAUCAUUUGUGGAGGAUGACAUGUUCAUUGUUGCCUUGUUUAACACCUGAUUUACUUAACAAAAAGCACAUCUCAAUAGGUGGUUCAGGUAAAUCAUGAUAUCGCUAAAGGGGGACUUUCCUAUUUUUCUCUAUUGCGCCUCUACUUUUCCUCAAGCAAGGGAGAGGCUGACUUUUUUUUUUUUUUACCCUUUAGUGUGUGUACUUUGGGAUAUCGCUUUAACAGUAAACAAAAAUCGCCAGAGGACAUCUUUCAUACUCAAUGUUCCAGGUACAACAGUGUUUGUCAGUCUCUGAUUCAUCUACAACAAAUAAUGGUUUUAACUGAAAAGCACUAAUGUCCUAGUGAAAUAAAUACUUACCCAGUGAACAGGAGGGAGCAAUGCUCUCUGCAUGUAUUUGUAAGGACAACAUACUUGAAUCUAAGACUUGAGCCCAUUUUGAAUUUAACAUUACCUACCUAGGCUUGUACUAUAUUGCAUAUAUACAUGUAUGACUAAUUGUGGUCAGUUUGUGGCUAUUUGCAUCUUUCAGUAAUAAUUUAGACUGCAAGAAACCCUGGCUGCUGUAACACAUGACCUAGUAUACUGUACACCGCCACUAUGUUAUUAAGAAUCUGAGACUGCAAUCCACUGAUCAACAUAUUCAUUACCCCCUCUAUUCUUUGAGACAAUGGUUUAGCCCUUAAUUGAAUGGUUUAGACCUGAAAUGAUCUCAAAGAACAGAAUACAUACUGAAAUAUCUUUAGAAGUUGUAAAGUCUCCAUCUCAGUUAUGUGUUCUUGUAGCUAAUUAAUUGAUUUGGCUUCUAAUUUUAUCUACCUCAGUUUCUGUUCAAUGCAAUUGUGUUGCUUGUUCAGUCAUUAUAGGUCUAAAGAAUACCGGAAAAGCCUGCCUCAGUUUUUUUCAUAUGUAACAUUUAAAUGUAUGGCAUUUGAUAAACUGCAGUGUUCUUAAAAAAAGCAAUAAUGGUAUAAAACUGUUUGCAAAAAAAUAAUAAAUACUGGAUGUACACUUGGUAUGCCCCCAAAACACACUUCAAAUGAUCUUUACAUCAAAAUGUUCCAUGUGCUUUCACAUUUGUGUUUGCAGUCAAACUUAAGUGAAUAUCCACUUUUCUUUCCAUGUCUGUAGCUAGGUUUCUAUCCAAUUGACAACAGAUUCAUACGAAUAUUUAAAAAAUUAACAAAGAAAAUACUGCAUGCUCACUUUCCCACCAGUGAUGUUUCCACCAAACAGACCUGUUGCGGAUAAAACUCAUUGCGUGAUAACGUAGGGCACAAAACAUUUUAUUUUUCGCUGAAGUUUAUGUACCGACCCCCAAACAAAUCUGAAGUUCAAUGUGUUUCCAUCGCAAUCUUCAACUCUACUGACAGUUUUGUCACAAACUGUUGCGUUAAUUAGCAAAUGUGCCGGCUCUGGUCUUGACACAAGUGCGGGUAGGCUAGUCUACACGAUAUUAUGCAUAUGAAUGUUUUAUUUGUCAAGCAUCGAUUAUCAUGUUACCAGACUAUGACCAUCGAUAUUUAAUGGAAAGGAGCAUCAUGCUCACCGUGCACUUUCACCACGCUGUGCUCACCAUUUAUUUAAUCUGUAAUUUAAUAAACGGUAUGGUUUUCCAAGUCGUAGUGGGAGGACCACACACUAUCAUCGAGUGACUCAAAUUACUUCGAUAUGAUGGUUAUUAUAUUUCUAUUUGGCGCAUAAAGGCGUUUCCACCGCCAUUUCUCUCAUCAUACAUUUUACAGACAAAAAGAUCACACCAUGCCGAACAAACAAAUGAUCUGUCGUAUUUAUAAAAUUGUACCGACACUUCCAUUUCUUUUGAAUACUUUUACUUUACUCACAAAACUGUGGAGGGAAAUGUGGUUUGUGUCGUAGAUGUUUAACCUUCUGGAGUCAUAAAAAGGGAAAUAAUCUGACAAUGUUAUAAUGAUGCGAUGGCUUUUAAAUCAUACAAUUUUACUUUUAGCCCAGUCCUGUUGUAUAAUUCUUAAGCAUUGUCUGUGUGACCACUGUUUUUAUUCUUAUUAAUCACUGUGAUUUUUCUUAUCUGCAACGAUUGUGUUUUGGGGUAAAUACUAAUUUGUGGGUCAAUCCUGGUCCUUGAAGGCUUUGAUUGGUUUUCUAGCUCAAAAUCAAUACUUGAUUAUAUAGCAACUAUGAAAACCAAUAAGACAGGGUGGCCCUCAGACGAGUUGAGGACACUAGCUGGAUUACCUGAAAAUGUACAGUAAAUAUAGUAGUUAGUGGAACCAUACAGUACCACUGAACAAAAGGGUAAAAGAUCUGACAAUGUGUAGUUUCUAUUUUUUAGGUGGAGCCAUCAAUGGAGAAAUAACCACUAAUAUGUUGACAUUUUUAAUAGCCAGGAGUAUAUUAAAUUGCAAAAGAAACAAAGGUAAUUUAAUGUAAAUUGUGAUAGUACCUGAAUUGCUGCUUAGUGCUUACCCCACCAUAGUCUAAAUUGUACAGUGUAAAUCUUAACAAAGCACCUUGCCCUCAAGGAGGUAGGGUUAAGAUCAUGCCUUCUGUUAUUGUCUAAGGGCAUAAUCUUCACAGCAAUAAAUCACAUUCACCUGUAUGCCUUCAGAGGCCAGAUUAAUGAGGGCUGUUGGGUAAUACCAAUGUAUAGAAUCUCAAAAUGUAGAUUCUAUUUAUGUAUCGAUCAGCCUUAUGGAUUUGGCUUCGCAACAUCAAGUUCAGUAAGGUCCAGUUAAUUUAUACUGUACAUGUAAAAUGUUAAUUUUAAUAUCAUGAAAUGUUUUUGAAAAUCUAAAAAUAUAGUAGCAUGAAUUUGUAGCUAUUUGUAUUAUUGAGUAGUUUCUUGCUACCCUUCAUUAUUCCAGAGAAAACCCCGUUGGAAAGCAUUUGUUGGCCAUGGUUACACUCCUUUCAGCACAACAAUUGAUUCCAAAAUACUUUCAGCACACAGGAAGCUGAGCACCAUAACAAUUUCAAUAAACCUACAACA